CUAAUACAACUACUGUUGCCGAUCGGAACGAUGUGUCUACACCAACAUCAACCGGUGAUACAGUCGCAUCAGGUACACGUCUAAAACAAUCACAAUCGAAUACUAGCAAUGCACGACAAAAAACAAUACCGGCCAAACGAAAGAAGCGAGCAAACACAAUUGCAAAUGCACCGGCAACAAAGAAGCGAACAACUCGUGCCACCAGUAUGCCGAAUACAUUGAAUAAUGAUAAUGUCAGCGAUGAUUUCAAUGAUGGUGACGAUGGCGACAAUGGUGAUGAGGAUUCAGAAAGAUACCAAUCGAUCAAAAUGGGCAAACGUAAGUCGUUCAAUGAAAAUCUAGAGAAUAAGGAUGAAUUGGCUAGCAUUAUCAAUAAAAUUGUCACGGACAUGAGUCACACUUGGCGACUUGGCGCACUCAACGUACACUGUAGCCUCAUGCGAAUCAUACAAUCGAACAAUGAAGAUGCCAUUCGUACCGAAUUUUGGAACAGUACGUGUGAAUACAAUCGAAAUUAUUUUGAUGGUUAUUUUCGUGGUGUGUAUGGUAAUCGUAUCAAUGGCAAGACAAAAUUGCAAAAAACAUGGAAAUUGGAUCAGGCUAUAAUCAAGUUCUGUCGGAAGCACAAAGUCAUUGAGAAAAAUGCAAUUGGUUAUGGUAACAUUUUCACCUAUGUCACUCGGAAAUAUUUCACCAAUUUCAUGAUGUGUAUCAUACGUAGUCUGUAUAAUAAUGUUCGGGCGUAUUUGAAUCAUUGUGUGAUUUCCGAAGAAUUGGCAAACCAUCCGAAAUCAAAUGAUUCGGUUGCGAGCACAUCACGAGCCAAAACACCACCACCGCCACAAAAAUGUCGAACAUUGAAACAGAUACGCAAAGCGAAUUACCAAUUGAUCACCAACCGCUAUUUGUUCAGCGACGAGGCAGAGAAUGAAAAAGCCAAAACGAAAACGUGAUCCAAUUCUAUUGACACUAGCUAUCGAACGUCUUCUGAAGCGUAUUCAAACCGAUUUUAAUCCGAUGGAUUUCGAAGCGAAUCGACGCGGUUAUUUCUCCAAAUUGACAACAAAUUGGUAUCGUCAUGUGCCAUUUUUCAUACAACUUCAGCAAUAUUGUCGUGCAAGAAAUCGUGAACGCUGUCUCAUGAUCAAUAAACAAAUGGAUGAAGAUGAAAAGAACCAACCGGCUGAAGUUGCCGCAGCAAAGGCCAAACUUCAGGCCACCACUCACACUAAAUCGAAAUCGAAAACAAUCUGUCGUCCGAUUGCCGAAUAUGUGCCACGAAAACGAUUGCCAGGUGUCAAAUAUACAUGGGUUCGAUGUGCGCCAAAUUUGACCGUGUAUCAAGUCAUUCCGGAGGCACGUUUUGGUCAUAUCUACAUCCAAAUCGAUAAGCGUGGCCUCUACGAAAUCCUUAAGCGGUUGAAAAAUCCAAAGGAACAGGAAAUGAAAAAGAACAAUGGCAGUAAUAAACGAUGGGAACAACCGUUCAAUGGUAACAAAGAACUGUGGGAUCGCAUGUGGCGUAAAUAUUUUGGCAUCAGUAAAAUCGAAGGCCAUUCGGCUGGCUUAUCAUUCGCCAAUCGAAUACAAACCGAUGGCAAUGCAUUCGUUUCUCUGAUGAACAAAGAGAAGAAGACGAAGAAGAAAAACUGAUGAAAUGGAUGCUGCAACCAAAGAACGGCCCCUGCGAUCGCGAAGUAAGCUUUGAUGUUGGCGAUCGUGAAAUCAUUGCCGGCCAAAUUAUCGAUCGAGAGAAAGACGAUACGGGCGCUGUGAAAGUGAAAAGCGUACGCAAUUUUAAAAUAUCCAGCAAGCAAUAUCAUUGGAUGACGAAAUUGCCACAGUUCAAGAAACAACGAGAUCGACUGGUUGGUACGCUUGAAGACGACAGAGCCGACGAUCGUGAGCGGAUCGAACGGGAGUGUGAGGACCAUGUACAGCCGAGCAGCAGGACGAACGAUUUUGAAACGUACGCCGACCAUACGUUAAGAUUUUGGAAAAUGGUUCGUAGAAAGGCCGAAAGACAACGAUAACUCGAUUCAAAGUGCGUCGCCAGUGUAAACCAUCGCCAGAAGCACUGCCCGAUGGCGGUUCAUUCAUUUACAGUCACAAGAAUUCAAAACAAUUGAAGAAGCAGAAAAAAUAUCGCCCACGGUAUUCGGACGAAGAUGGCUGCUAUCCAAAAGUCGAACUGAAACGCUUCAAUAUGGUCGAUGGAAGGCUUGUGCCGGCUGCUGAAAAUGCUGCGAUAUUACCAGUGAAGAGGCCACGAACAUAUUUGCGACGUUGGCGUCUAGAUGUCAUCACAUGGAAAUACAUACGAAAUGAUGAUGAUAUUGUUGAUACGACAAAAGUCCGUUCGGUUACACUAAUGGUAAAUCGAGACACUAAUGCCGGUAGAAAUAUUCGACUUCGCGGUCAUUAGGAACUAUUUGGAAUAAAAUUGCCAGAUGCAUUCACAGUCGAUGCCAAGAUACAAGAUCAGCAUGCAGAGCGACGCUUCAAACAAUUUGAUGAAAACAAGCGUAAAAAGCAACAAAAGAAAUUCCAAUGGAGCUGAAUAUGAUUCGGAUCAGUCAUGGUGGUCGUCAAGCAGCGAAGAAGAUGCAAUCGAUUUGAGCGACAGUGAAUUGUCUGACAACAGUGAUGAUAGUAAUGAUAGCGGUAGCGGUAGCGACGAUGAAAACUGAUAAUACGAGCAUCGUUUACACACUACACAUCGCUCAUUCAACAAAUCAACCAUCAAUCAAUCAAACAAAUAAAUGAAAAAUUAAAUUUAGUUUAAUUUAAGGAACAAUGUUAAUAGUUUUUAUCAUGAAGUCUGGCUAUAUUUAGCGUGGACUUCCGUAUUAUCUAACCGAUACGAAGGUCCUACAGUCAAUACAAUCAUCAAAUGUGUGAAAAUAUUUUAUUCGGAUGCACUAACAGAAAAAACACAAAAAACAUGCACGCAAUUUCUUCGCCUUCGUUUUAAGGACAAAAAAACAUAACACUACUGAACAACUCUAGUCAAUAACUGUUCAUUUUCAAUGUGGAAGUUUAGUGUUGCCAUAAAUAUUGCUUGUUAAAUAACAAGGAGCUUUCAAGGCCAAAAUACACUUUACUUACACCGAAGUAAUAUUUAAUGAAGCAUAUAUUUUCUGUUUUGAGAUUGGUAGUUUUUUUUAUGAAAGUGACGAUUUCAUUGGAAAUCUGUCUGUGUAUUAGGCAUUGUUUCUCAUGUCUGCAAAUAACAAAAUGGUAAUUAUCAACUCAAAGCAAAAAAUCUAUGUAAUUUAGUGUUAUUUAAACAGUACAUCGAUUGAUGUUACGUCUUUCUGAAGCAAAAAACAUAAAAAAGAUGGUAUGGAAAACGCUUCCAUUCAUUUUUUUGAUUUAUUAUUUUUACUGACUUCACAACGUUUUGUUAGUAAUGAGCUCUCAAUCAGUUGUUUGAAAAAUUAUAUACAAUCGUAACAACACAUUAUUUUAUGAUUAAAGAAACGUCGAUUGUAAUUUUUUUCUCACACACUGCUUACAUUACGUCGACUCGCCUUUAUUACAGGAAAAAUGAUUUCAAAUUUGCUGUGUGUUGUAAAAUUCAGAAUACAAACAAAAUUCACUUGUUUUUCAUAUUUUUAAAGUCGUUAUUGUAGUCAUUUCAGGGUCAAAUGGAACGAUGAAUUUUUAACAAAAAUUCAGAAUGUAUUUUCUUUUAUUUCGUUGUUUUAUUUACCGCAACAAGACGUAGGCACAAACAAAGUGCGCCAUAUUGAUUUUCAAUAUUUUUUGCAAACACAUACAAGGAGAGACCAUUUCAUGAGAAAAAAACACGAUUCAGAACCAUCGAUAUGAUUCUAAAUUUUAAUUGCAUUUGUAUGACAGUUUUAUGUGAUGAUAAAAAGUCUUACAUCCGUGAUAUGAACUUUUCCGCACUGUGAUCCACAACAUACAUUUAUUACGUAUCUUUUACCGUAAAUAUAA